AUGCUCGCCACCUCGAGGACCCGCUUCGCCGCUCGCGCCCUCAGGCAGGCGUGCGCAGACGCCCAUGCCUCCGCCGCCCCGUUCAGCGUCGCAAAGAGGCUCCUCACCGUUCCCGCCACAUCGCUCCGACGCCCCGUCGCCGCUUCGCCCUCCUACACGCACCGGUACGAAAAGACGACGCAGGUCAGAAACUACGCUGCACCCUCCCGCAGCGACGCCUACGCCACCCUCACCCCGGCCGACGUCGAGGCAUUUGCCAAGAUUGUCUCGUCGCCCUCGUCGAUCCUCACCACCGUCUCGCCCGACGCCUCGUCGUCGUCGUCGUCGUCGUCGUCGUCGUCGUCGGCCGCGUCCUACCAGACCGUCGACUCGUCUGAGCUCGAUAUGUACAACAACGACUGGAUGAACAAGUACCACGGCAAGAGCCAGCUCGUGCUCAAGCCAAAGACGACCGACGAGGUCUCUAGGAUCAUGAAGCACUGCUACGAGCGCAACCUCGCCGUCGUGCCCCAGGGCGGCAACACGGGCCUCGUCGGCGGAGGCGUGCCCGUCUUUGACGAGGUCGUCGUCAACCUCGGCGGCCUCAACCGGAUCCGCAGCUUCGACGAAAUCUCGGGCACCCUCGUCUGCGACGCCGGCUGCAUCCUCGAGGCGCUCGACAACCACAUCGCCGAGAAGGGGUACAUGAUGCCGCUCGACCUCGGCGCCAAGGGCUCGUGCCACAUUGGCGGCAACGUCGCCACCAACGCCGGCGGUCUCCGCUUCCUCCGGUACGGCUCGCUCCACGGCAACGUGCUGGGUCUCGAGGUGGUGCUCCCCGACGGCACCGUCCUCGAGGGCCUCUCGACGCUGCGCAAGGACAACACGGGCUUCGACCUCAAGCAGCUCUUCAUCGGCUCCGAGGGCACCAUUGGCCUUAUCACGGGCGUGUCGAUUGUGACGCCGCGGAGACCCUCGGCGAUGAACGUGGCCGUGUUUGCGCUCGACUCGUACGAGGACGUGCAGAAGACGUUUUCGCAGGUCAAGAAGCACUGCGGCGAGAUCCUGUCGGCGUUUGAGUUUUUCGACCAGCAGUCGUUUGAGGUGGUGCAGGGCCACGCCACCGCAGGCGUGCGCGACCCGUUUGAGGCGAGGCAUCCCUUCUACGUCCUCAUCGAGACGAGCGGCAGCAACAAGGACCACGACGACGAGAAACUGCAAGUGCUGCUCGAGGACCUGCUCGAGAGCGGGUUGAUCUCGGACGGGGUGCUGGCGCAGGACGAGACGCAGCUGCAGUCGCUGUGGGCGCUGCGCGAGUCGAUCCCGGAGGCGGCGGGCAAGAUGGGCAAGGUGUUCAAGUACGACCUGAGCAUGCCGGUGGACAAGAUGUACGACCUGGUGCUCGACAUGCGCAAGCGGAUCGACGAGCAGGGGGCGCUGGGCGCCGACAAGGCCGUCGAGGCCGUCUGCGGCUACGGCCACAUUGGCGAUGGCAACCUGCACAUCAACAUUGUGGCCAAGGACUACGACGCGGCGACCGAGGCCAUCAUUGAGCCGUACAUCUACGAGUGGACGUCCAAGGUCAAGGGCUCGAUUUCGGCCGAGCACGGCCUGGGCCUGAUGAAGGCGCAGAAGAUUGGCUACUCGAAGGACGCCACGUCGAUCGAGUACAUGAAGCGGAUCAAGGACCUGUUUGACCCCAAGAAGAUCCUCAACCCGUACAAGUACAUCCAGGUGUAG